AUGAAUUUAAAAUUCUGUGCAAAUUUAUCGUUUAUGUAUCAAGAAACUAGUAGUCUUCUAGAGAGAUAUAGUUUGGCAGCUAAAUCGGGAUUUUCUUCAGUCGAAUGUGCUUUUCCAUACUCAGAUUCUCUGGAUAAACUGGUUCAAGCAAAAACUGAUGCAAAUGUUCAACAAAUCUUGAUAAAUGUACCCAGAGGGGAAGAACAUGAACUCGGUUUUGCAGCAAUUCCAAACAUGGAAAAUCGUUUUUGUACAUCUAUUGAUUUAGCUGUAUCUUAUGCUCAAGCAUUGAACUGUACCAAGAUUCAUGUAAUGGCAGGUACUGUUACUCAACCAACCGAAGCAAAUCACAAAGCUUAUUUGAAAAACUUAGCAUAUGCUGCCAACAUUUUUGAAGCCAAAGGUAUUAUAGGUUUAAUUGAACCAAUUAAUAAAUAUUCUGCUCCAGGUUAUUAUUUAAAUUCUUAUGAACAAGCUAUUGAUGUUUUAAACAAAAUAAACAGUCCUAAUUUAAAACUUCAAUUAGACAUUUUUCAUUUACAACAAAUCAAAGGAGAUUUAACUCGGAAUAUUUCAAAUUUACUUCCUUAUACAGGGCAUAUUCAAUUGGCUCAGGUUCCCAAGCGUAAUGAACCAAAUACUCCAGGUGAAAUAGAUUACAAGUAUAUUUUUCAACUAUUGGAAGAACUUAAUUAUAGCGAAUGGAUCGGUUUGGAGUAUAACCCUAAAGGUGACACAGAUAAAGGUUUAUUGUGGUUAAGAAAUUUGAAAGAAACUGACAAAUUUUAG